UUAUUAUCGAGUGAUUAGGGUUUAUGCUUUUGUCUGUUUCUUCUAUCUCUCUCCACGAUUACAACAACAACAACCCUUAAUUCUCUCUCAACAAACCCACCACUACCAUCCACUUCUCGCUGGCCCACGGCCCAGCUCCAGCCACCGCCAUUCCACCAAUAGAUCGUUGUUUUUUUUUUUAUUUUUAAUCCAAGAACAUUCUUUUAUUGUCAUUCUCUACUUUAACUCUUCGAAACCCGCACUCUGCUCUGCCUCGCAAUCUCUAACCACCGCGCCGAGAUCCGUUAUCCCUCACGACCCACUGCCGCAGCCACCACAUAAGUGGAAAACGCCGAAGGGACUCAUAGUUUGUUUUCAUAUAACUUACCACACAUGCAACACAGUCCCUCCAAAAACUCAAAAAAGCCCAUAAAUCUACAAGGUUUACAUAGUGCAUGCCAAGGAUAAUUUAGGAAUUUUAGUAUGUUAAAAAAAGUAUUUAUUUAAACUUUAAAAAGAAAAAAAAAACCCUGCGCAUGUGUUUCGAAGUAGAACGCAGCCGUCUCUUGCGUUUAAACUUCAACUAAGCCUUCGCUUUCCGUUCAUCGCCGGUGGCGGUUUCUUGCUAAAUAAUUUAAUAUCUCCAUUGGAUUACUAUGGAUCCAAAUUUUGAUUCAAAGCCUCCAGCACCAAGAAAGGUAAAGUUUGCGCCAAAAGCUUUACCACGUAAAGUGCCAAAGAUAGAAGUUAAAAGUGAAGUGGCUGAGGAGGAUAAUGCAACAGCAGCAGCAGAUGCUAAGGAGCUUCUCCGGCGUUUCAAUGAGAAUGCCAUGAAGGCAAGGAUGAAGGUUGAGAAAAAAGUGUCAGCUUCACAAAUUGCUUUUGGUUUUGGAGGCGAAUCAGUUUCUCGCAAAUCAUACAAUAUUCCAAAAAGUGAGAGCAAGACCAGCUUUGGUGAAAAUUUAGCAUUCAAUGGUGUGAAAGAGAAAGAAUACCAAGAACCAUGGGACAUGAACAGCAAUUAUCCAAUAGCUCUUCCCUUGAGGAAACCAUAUUCAGGCGACCCAGAAUAUCUUAACGAGGAGGAAUUUGGGGAGGCUGCAAUAACCAGAACUUAUGAUGAAAGCAAAUCAAAUUCAGCAAUGGAGCUUGGCCUUUUGGAGGAAAAUCCAGAGGCAAGUGCAUUCUUUAUUAAAUUACCACCAGUUGUUCCUAUGAUUAAAAACCCAGCUAAGGCUGGAAGCCAAGAUGUUAAGGAGAACUCUAAGCGUCCUCGAGUUUCUAAAGGUGUGGGGAAGCUCUACAAGUUGAACGAAUUGCCACCUGGCUUAAUGGGCAAAAUGCUCGUGUACAAGAGUGGUGCAGUUAAACUGAAGCUUGGUAACACCCUUUAUGAUGUUUCCUCAGGUAUGGAUUGCUCAUUUGCUCAAGAUUAUGCUGCUAUGAAUACUGCUGAAAAGCAUUGUUCCAUAAUUGGGGAGAUCACCAAACAUGCUACUAUAACCCCGGAUGUAGAUGCUGCACUUGAUUGUCUAAAGGACUUAGAUUUAUAAAUUAUAAUAGUUUUCAUUACAUUCAUGAUUUUUUUUUGGUAGGCAAUUAUAUUCGUGAAAUUAUUUGUUAGAUAUCAUAAACAAUGAAAAGAGAAUAAAAGAAAAUAGAAUUAGGUCUAUAAUUUAUUAUGACUAGUUUCAUCUUGAAUUUUGUAUGUGUUGCUUUUAUUUCGUGUAGUGAAGUGUGGUAUAAUCACUUCCGAUAAGAAUGACUCUAAUGUGCAGGUGUUUAUAAUUUUUUGCAAGUCUUGCAUGAAGUAAUUGAGUUUGUUGGAUCA